UGAGUAUAUUGUUGUAUUAAAGUAGUACAUACAUAAUAAAUUCUUAAUAAUUAGCCCUUUGUGUCUAUAAAAUUAUUUUAUCUGCGAUGCGACUCGCCGACUACCGAACCUUCAUUGGAACGUUCAUGCACACCGACACUCACUUACGUACUCACUGUUUAAUGUUUAAUGUUUAUUUGGGCAAAUUUGCAUCUGGUUGUUCGUUAGCGUCGCCAUAAUAAUACCACAUACACUGGCGUCACUUCGCAGAACGCAGCGCAUGUUUGUUUACAGUACUCUCCUAAUGGUUUAAUGAAUUGCUGAUAGGAAAAUCAAUAAAACAUCCGAAGGAUAUCCUGCGCUCUGUAAGUACUGUUCUGUACAAACAAGCAGCGGAGCAUCCACAGGAACACGACCCGGUUUUGGCACCGCCAGUUAUUUGCUCGCCUUGAUCCCUUUCCGAUUGUGGAUCCCAGUUCCUGAGAUUUCGUUGACUUAUUGAUUUCUGUUUGCUCUUAACAGCCUGCGCCAUGCAGGCCUCGGCGACGGCAUUCCUCUUGGCUCAGAUUGUUGCCAGUUUACUGGUGGCUAUUUUGUCCUUUCUCCUGAUUGUUCCCGUCUGGAUGCAUUUCAAUGCAUUCAACGGGCAUUGUGCGCUGUAUUCCGAGGCGUUCUCCAACAGCUCCAAAACUCCGUAUCCAACCAGCGUCAGCUGGUCGAACGGCUCGGCCUGCGAUUUCGCAAUCGUUUUGGGCAUUAUGGCACUGUCCGUUUCCGUCAUGAGUGUUGUUGCCUUGUCGGUUCGGCUGUACCAGGGCGUGGAAAGUACACUCUUGUCAACAAUUGCUAACACGCUCGUCAGCAUGCUGUUUACCAUCCUCAGCCUGGCCGGUGCAGCAUCGCUGACUUCCGGCUUCGUAGCCUGGUGCUCAAGUCUGGAGAAUGCCUCGAAGUUUCAGGACAAAUGUCGCGUGAUAAGCUAUGGUUUCACCAUUCCCGGUGUCAUUGACAACGGGUCUUCAUUUUAUAUUGAUCUCUCUAUCGCUAAGUUUGGAGCGUGGCUACUGUUUGGUGUGUGGAUGUGCAGUUCCGCAAUGACAGGAAGCCGACUUUAUUUCUUACACCGAAAGGAAUCCAUUUUUGUCGGCUUGAAGCGGGAGUGGGAGCGUGUGUUCCCAUUCGGAAAGAGUACACAGUAUAAGCCAGUAACGGAAUUGUAAAUUGCGUAUUAACUGGGUACUGCCCGGCGAAAACUAAAACGAUGUGGAUUCUGGAAGUAUUUUAGGCUUUCGCACCUUGUCUCCUUAACCAAAGAGCAUGCUGUAUCUGUAUAAUAAGCGCAGAUUAAUUGUCUUAAUUUUAAAUACAAUUUCAUUUCCUUGAUUUGUUUAAACUGAUAAUUCCUUCUAGUCAUGGAAACGCAGAAAAGAAAGCUGUGAAUAAGUAAUAGCUGUUUGUACAUAGCGCUGUUGUUACGCCUUUGUCAACCAAAAAUGAGGCAGAUCGAUCAUGGAAAUCAGCUUUUGCUAAGCGAUAAAUA